AUGGCGAAAGAUGAGAUUGAGAUCUUUCAUGAAAAGAGGGAUGACGAUUGGCAACAUUGGAUGAGGACGUCGGGCCAGGUUAUAAAAGAGCGUAGGGCCCAUAACCCUAGUCAAGUUAUUGGAGCGACAGCAAAGCAGCGCCAUGCUGCUGACGAUUUUCUGAAGAAAGGGUUCAACACUGCGACCCAGGCCAGCAAUAGAGCGACACUGGGUACAGAUCUGAUGGACAUUGGCCUUGUCGAUACUGUAAUUUUAGCAAAACAUUGCGACAUGUUGAAGAUGCUGUUUGAAGAGCCUCGUUCUGACAUGCUCAUUACUGUGGAUCGCUUGGCCGGCGAGUAUCGUAACUCACCAUGGAAGGUGAUUGCGUUGUUGCAGAAUCUCCAAACACGGCAUAUGGGCCGGCACGGGGCACCACUUGUUUUGGAUUCUGGCGCACAGGGAUGCUGCUGGUGCCAUACCCAAUAA